CCGCCCGGAGGCCGGAAGCGGAAGCGCGUGGUGGUAUGAAAGCGCCGCCCCGCCCCCUGGCGGCCCCUUUGCGAGGCGGCCGGCGCGGCGAGAGGAGCCCCGCCAUGUCGGCCUAUCUGCAGUGGAUGGUGGUCCGCAACUGCUCCAGCUUUCUCAUCAAGAGGAACAAGCAGACCUACAGCACGGAGCCCAACAACCUGAAGGCCCGCAACUCCUUCCGCUACAAUGGACUGAUUCACCGCAAGACGGUCGGCGUGGAACCCGCGGCCGACGGCAAGGGCAUCGUGGUGGUGCUGAAGAGGCGAGCGGGCCAGCGGAAACCCGCCACCUCUUACGUGAGGACGACCAUCAACAAGAACGCCCGGGCCACGCUCAGCAGCCUCCGGCACAUCAUCCGCAAAAACAAGUAUCGCAAGGACUUGCGCAUGGCUGCCUUGCGCCGGGCCAGUGCCAUCCUGCGGAGCCAGAAGCCAGUGGUGGUGAAGAAGAAGCGUGCCCGGACCCCCAAGAGCGCCUGAGAAUCGCUGCGGGUGCCCCCCGCCCCCCACCCCCAAUAAAGCGUCCACCGUGUGAUCUUGGA